AGAGCCUACAAUGACAACACAAUGAUGUUAAAGAUUUUAUUAUUGUUAAUUGUUGUGACAACAAUCGAAUGUUAUCGUGGACACCAUCUUCCAACUGGUUAUAAGCAUCAUAAUCAGUUAAAUUCUGGACCAAAAAUUGUUCGAUUACCGUUGGGAAAAAUUUUAGGUUCAACAGAUUUUAAAACACGACUUGGUAAACAAAUUUAUGCAUUUCGUGGAAUCCGAUUUGCAGAGCCGCCAACUGGUAGUCGUAGAUUUCAGGCACCUGAACCUGUGAAAUCAUGGGAAGAAGAAUUCAUUCUAGAUGCCACAGAAGAAGGGCCAGCUUGCCCUCAACCCGUACAUAUAACACGAGAAGAAUUUGGAUGGAGUACAUCCGAGGAUUGUUUACGCCUGAAUGUUUACACUACAAUGUUACCAAAUGGCGAAUCAAAAAAUAACACAUUACGCCCGGUUGUAAUUUAUUUCCAUGCUGGAGAAUUUUAUGGCAGUUCAGGAAUUUCAAGUUAUCAUGGCCCACAAUAUUUAUUAGAUAAAGAUAUCGUUUUAGUCACUGUAAAUUAUCGUCUUGGAACAUUGGGUUUCAUCAAUACUGGUGAUGAAAACGCACCUGGAAAUUUAGGCUUGAAAGAUCAAGUUAUUGCUAUGAGGUGGGUACAGCAAAAUAUUUUAAGUUUUGGAGGUAAUCCAGAAGAAGUAACUAUUAUGGGCUAUAGUUCUGGCUCAUGUAGUGUGGCGUUGCAUUUAGUAUCUCCAAUGUCUAAAGGUUUAUUUCAUCGAGCGAUUGCUAUGAGUGGCUCACCAACAUCAGCCAUUAAAUAUACAAAUCAAUUAGAUUUAGCUAAGAAACAAGCGGAAAUUUUAAAUUGCCCAAGUAAUACAAGCCAAGAAAUUAUAGAUUGUUUAAGAACAAAAGAUGCUGAAGAUAUUUCAAAAACUUUCUUUAGUUUUCGAGAGGUAGGUUCAGAUCCAUUGUUGAUCUGGAGACCAGUUAUUGAGCCAGAUCAUCCUGGUGAAAAAUUCUUAACUGAAGAUCCAGCUAAAUUAUUUCAUAAUGGUAAUUUUACGAAAGUACCUUUUAUGAUUGGUGUUAGUGAAAAUGAAUUUGCGGGAAAUGCAUAUAAUGUUGUAGCUGAUGAAAAUUUACGAAAUGUUUGGAAUAGUAAUUUCGCAUACGUAGCUCCAAUUGCAUUUGGUUACGAACGAAACACAUCAAAAUCUUUGAACAUUAGUAAUAAAUUAAGAGAUUUUUACAUAGGUGAAAAAGAAAUCAAUUUGGAUUCCGUUGAAGGUCUUGGUAAACUUUAUGCUGAUAGUGUUGGAUGGAGUAUUAGUAGAUUGGCUUAUAUGGUGGCUCAAUCGAAUGAUUAUCCAGUUUAUUAUUACAAAUUUGCAUACUCGGGACGCUUCAGUCAUUUUUAUUCGCCUUUCACAAACAAAACUAUUGGUGCAUCCCAUCUUGAUGAAUUAAUUUACUUGUUCUACAUAAGAGCACAUUAUUUGUCAUUUCCACUCUUUAAACCAAGUGAUCCUGAAACGAAAAUGGUUGAGAAAAUGACAACUUUGUGGUCAAAUUUUAUUAAAACAGGAAAUCCAACACCUGAGGUACAAGAAGUUACAAAUAAUGUUACUUGGAUACCUUUUACUACGAAAGAAGAAAAUUACUUGAAUAUUGAUUCUAAUUUAACAAUGGAAAAAAAUUUAUUUGCAGAUCGAUAUUCGGUUUGGGAACAUUCGUUUCCAUUUGUAGUAAAAAAAAUACAUAAAGUCACAAUUGUAAAAACAGUUUACAUUGUACGCGUACACACACCCUUGGGAAAAAUUCUAGGUUCAACAAAUUUUGAAACACGCCUUGGUAAAAAAAUUUAUGCAUUUCGUGGUAUAAGAUACGCUGAAUCGCCGACUGGCAGUCGCAGAUUUCAGCCACCUGAACCCGUGAAACCGUGGGGUGAAGAAACUUUAAAUGCAACUGAAGAUGGACCUGCAUGCCCUCAACCAAUACGUAUAAACCCAGAGGAAUUUGGAUGGAGCACAUCCGAAGAUUGUUUACGUUUAAAUGUUUACACAACGCUACUAAAUCGCGGAAAUGAAAAGAAACUACACCCUGUAGUAAUAUUUUUCCAUGCUGGAGGAUUUUAUGGUGUUUCAGGAAUUUCAAAUUAUCAUGGCCCUCAGUAUUUAUUGGAUAAAGAUGUGGUUUUAGUCACUGUAAAUUAUCGUCUAGGAACAUUGGGUUUUAUCAGUACUGGAGAUGAAAAUGCUCCCGGAAAUUUAGGUUUGAAGGACCAAGUUCAAGCUAUGAGAUGGGUUCAACAAAACAUUAAAAGUUUUGGUGGGAAUCCAGAUGAAGUAACUAUCAUGGGCUACAGUGCUGGAUCCUACAGUGUGGCCCUACAUUUACUAUCUCCAAUGUCUAAGGGAUUGUUCCAUCGUGGUAUCGCCAUGAGUGGUUCACCAACUGCUACCUUCCCAUUUACGGACCAAUUAGAUGUAGCCAGAAAACAAGCACAACUUUUAAAUUGUCCCAGUAAUACCAGUAAAGAAAUUAUUGAUUGUUUAAGAACGAAAGAUGCUGAAGAAAUUUCUACCACAUUCUUUGACUUUCAAGAAGUAGGUUCAGAUCCAACACUAAUCUGGCGACCAGUUAUUGAACCAGAUCAUCCUGGUGAAAAAUUCUUAACGGAUGAUCCAAACAAAUUGUUUUACGAAGGAAAAUUUACAAAAGUACCUUUUAUGAUUGGUGUUAAUGAAAUGGAAUUUGCAGGAGGUGCUUAUGAUGUUGUAGCUAAUGAAACUUUACGAGAAAUUUGGAACAAUAAUUUUGAAUAUGUAGCUCCAAUUGCUUUUGGUUAUGAACGAAAUACAUCAAAAUCAUUGGUCAUUAGUAAAUCAUUGAGAAAUUUUUACCUAGGUAGUCGAGAAAUAGAUUUUGAAUCCAUUGAUGAUUUUAGUAAACUUUAUGCUGAUGGUAUUGGAUGGAGUGUAAAUCGAUUGGCUUGUUUACUUGCAAAAUCAAAUGAUUUUCCAGUUUAUUUCUAUAAAUUUGCAUAUAAGGGUCGAUUCAGUCAUUUUUAUUCACCAUUUACAAAUGAAACUAUUGGUGCGUCUCAUCAUGAUGAAUUAAUGUACUUGUUCUACAUAAGUGUACAUUAUUUAUCUUUCCCAUUUUUCGAACCUACUGAUCCAGAAAUUGAAAUGGUAGAGAAAAUGACAACUUUGUGGUCAAAUUUUAUUAAAUCGGGUAAUCCAACACCCGAGAAGGAAGAAGUUACAAAUAAUGUAAUUUGGAGACCGUUUACUUUGAAUGAAGAGACUUAUAUGAAUAUUGAUUCAAAUUUAACAAUGGAAAAAGAUUUAUUUGAUGAUCGAUAUGCGCUUUGGGAAAAUUUGUUUCCAUUUACUAUACGACAAGUUCUAGUAACCCAAGUGAAUAGACAUAAAGUUGUGCACAAUUUUGAAUAGAAUUUAUUUUAUAUUUCU